AUGGGUUCUCGUUUAACGGGUAAGCGAGUCGAAUUCACCAGGCGUGGGCUCAUUCCCGAGUUUGAAGACGAGACCAGAAUCGUUGACGACGCCGAGAUGUACCCGCAACGUGCGAAGACCAUCUACAAUGAUUGUAAGACAUCACGUGCUAGUCUCACAGCGGAUAGGGCCAUCAUAGAUGACCGGAUUUUCCACCAUGCGAACGAUUUCAAGGAUGUUCCGCCGACAAUCACGAAAUGGGUGGCUUCUGCGAAGGUGUCGGAUAAUCUGGUGGACUGGACUAUGGGUGAGAAUAUGAUUCUAGACAAGGGCGAUGUUGAUCGCAGCAAGUCGACGCGGGAUGAAGUGAAGCAAGCGAUCCAAAUUCCAACAACGGAGUGA